AUGGAUGAAAGUCCACUGUCACUCCCUGGAAAUUCACUCUCUAUGCCAAAUGUACAAGCCCCUCAAUCCCAAUAUGAUUCUAUUGAGGCUGAUGGCCAAUCUGAAAUUGUUAAUGUUCCAAUUGAUGUGGAGGAUGACGAGGAUGACGAAGAUUACAAUUUGAGUGAUUUUUCUGAAUCUGAUGAUGAUAUAAUUGAAGAUUUUGGUAUGGAGGAUGAUGGAAUCAAUAAAGCAAUUGGAGGCAAGCAGCUUGAGGGAGUUUGGAAUGGUGAAGGAGAUUCAGAUCAUGGGGAUAGUGAUGAGUUAAGGAGUGGAGAAGGGUCAUUUGAUGAUGAAGGGAAUUCAAGGCCUAGGUUCCCUGAGUUUAACCAGCGCAUUGGCAUGGAGAAUGGUGCAGUGUUUAGGGACCAUGAAGUUGAUGUGACUUUAGACCAAUGUUAUAAGGCUAAGAGAAUGGCAUUCAAGAUGAUACAUGGUGCUGAGGAGAAGCAGUAUGAGAGACUUUGGGACUAUGCAGCUGCUAUUAGGAAGUGGAAUGUGGGUAGCACAGUGAAGAUACAAACUACGAAUGAUGUGUUUGAGAGAAUGUAUAUUUGUCUUGAUGCUUGCAAAAGGGGAUUUUUAGCAGGUUGUAGGCCACUUAUUGGGAUAGAUGGUUGUCAUUUGAAGGGGACAACAGGUGGACAGUUGCUGGUUGCUGUUGGAAAGGAUGGGAAUGAUAAUAUCUUCCCAAUCGCUUUUGCUAUCGUUGAAAUUGAGAAUAAAAGCUCUUGGACCUGGUUGCUACAAUGCUUGUUGGAUGACAUUGGACAUGUGGAUGAGAAUGGAUGGGUCUUUAUCUCAGACCGACAGAAGGGAUUAGUAGAGACCUUUAAAGAUUUGAUGUCUAAUGUAGAGCACAGAUUUUGUGUUAGGCAUUUACAUGCAAAUUUCAAGAAGGAUUUUCCUGGGAAGGUACUCAAAGAUGCAAUGUGGAGUGCUGCUAGGGCAACAACAAAGAAUUCUUUUAACUUCCACAUGGAUGAGUUGAAGAAGCUAGAUGUGAAGGCAUAUGAGUGGCUUGUGAAGUUAGAUGUGAGAACAUGGAGCAGACAUGCUUUUAAUCCAAGAAGCAAGAGUGACACUCUAGUAAACAAUAUAGCAGAGUCUUUCAAUGCUUGGAUUUUGGAGGCUAGGGAUAAACCGGUGUUGACAAUGAUGGAGAUCAUAAGAGUGACGUUGAUGCAAAGGUUGCAAACCAAAAGAGAUCAUAUGAGAAGGUAUGAAGGGAGGGUUUGUCCAAGAAUCUAUAAGAAGCUUGAGAGGAUAAAAAGCGAGGUUGGACAUUGCAUUUCUCGUUGGAAUGGAGAGUCCAAAUAUGAGGUGGAGUAUAUUUAUGGUGGAAGAUAUGUGGUGGACUUGAAUGAGAGGACUUGUGGUUGUGGGAGAUGGGGAUUGAGUGGAAUCCCAUGUUUUCAUGCUGCUGCUGCAAUAAUUGAGCAUGGAGAGCAACUUGAGACUUAUGUAGACAUUGCUUACACUAAGGAGACAUUCCUAAGUUGUUACCAAUGGAUGAUAAGCCCACUUCCAAGCCAUGAACAAUGGCCAAAAACACCCUAUGACCUAAUCAAGCCCCCAAAAUUUACAAAGAAAGUAGGCAAGCAUAAGAAGGGUACUCAACAAUCAAAUAUAGGUACUCAACAGUCAAGUCAAAGUCGUACAAAGGACAACACUAGUGGAAGCAAGAAGGAUAAGGGAAAGGCUAAGGUUUAG